AUGGAAGAUAAAAGACCAUCGGGACCAACAUUGCACAUGGUUUUCACGGUACGCAAAGGCUCGAAAGUUUCUUUUCGUAACGGCCUCUACUUGAACGGCAUUGUCCAAUUUCUGCUGAACCUGACACUCAUCGAUUUACCUGGUAUGACCAAAGUACCGGUCGGAGACCAACCCCCAGAUAUUGAAAUGCAAAUUCGCAGCAUGAUAUUGGAGUUUAUUACUCAAGAAAAUUGCCUGAUUUUGGCAGUGUCUCCAGCCAAUUCGGACUUGGCGAAUUCUGAUGCGUUAAAACUGGCCAAGGAGGUUGAUCCACAGGGGUUACGCACGAUUGGUGUAAUAACCAAACUGGAUCUGAUGGAUCAGGGAACGGACGCAAAAGACGUACUAGAAAACCGUUUACUUCCUUUACGUCGGGGAUAUAUUGGCGUCGUCAACAGAAGCCAACGGGACAUUGAUGGACGCAAAGAUAUCAAGUCUGCGAUGGCGGCCGAGCGCAAGUUUUUCCUCAGCCAUACCGCCUAUCGGCAUAUGGCCGAUCGCAUGGGGACACCCUAUCUACAAAGUACACUUAAUCAACAACUGACAAACCACAUUCGAGAUACACUUCCUGGUUUGCGUAAUAAAUUACAAUCUCAGAUGUUGGCAAUCGAGAAAGAGGUUGAAGAAUACAAACACUAUCGUCCAAGUGAUCCAUCUUUUAAAACAAAGGNUGUGAGUGUUUCAUAUUUAAUGAGACGUCAUUUUUAA